ACAUGGCCAAGUCCAAGAACCACACCACGCACAACCAGUCCCGAAAAUGGCACAGAAAUGGUAUCAAGAAACCCCGAUCACAACGAUAUGAGUCUCUCAAGGGGGUGGACCCCAAGUUUCUGAGGAACAUGCGCUUUGCCAAGAAACACAACAAGAAGGGCCUGAAGAAGAUGCAGGCCAACAACGCCAAGGCCAUGGAUGCACGUGCCGAGGCUAUCAAGGCUCUAAUAAAGCCCAAGGAGAUCAAGCCUAAGAUUCCAAGGGGUGUCAACCGCAAGCUCAGUCGACUGGCCUACAUUGCCCAUCCCAAGCAGGGGAAGCGUGCUCGGGCACGCAUUGCCAAGGGUCUGAGGCUCUGUCGGCCAAAGUCCAAGGCCAGUGCUAAAACUAAGGCUGAAGCUUCAACCAAGGUCUCAACUAAAGCUCCAGUCAAGGCCUUAGCUAAAGCUCUAGCCAAGGCCUCAACUAAAGCCCCAGCCAAGGCCUCAACUAAGGCCCCAGCCAAGGCCUCAACUAAGGCCCCAGCCAAGGCCUCAACUAAAGCCCCAGCCAAGGCCUCAACUCCGGCCCCAGCCAAGGCCUCACCUCAGGCUCCCAAAGGUGCCCAGGCCCCCACAAAGAUGGAAUAG